CAACAAAAUAACUCAACUAAAUGGAGCAACAUAUCGAGGAAACAAAAGCCACCAUCCGAGGUCAUCGAUCACGAGGAACAUUCGCAGAAGGCCAUGAGUUUAUCAGGGCCCUGCCCGAAGAGAUCCGGUCUCUCCCGAGCGUUACAAUCGAAAUUGCCCAACUUUACCUGGUUCAGGGUCGGUACACGCUGGCCGCAAAAACAUGUGAAGAUCAACCAUCGGCCUCUGGAGAGGAGCGUGCUGUUCUUGACCUUCUGCAGGCUUUCAUCGGCAUAGGGAGAUACUCGAAGCUCAGGACCGCGCUGAGGAUUGCACAAGAGAUUGGAGAGGCGUGGCAUCUCACCGGCCGAGAUGAGGAAUCCAAGCUUUCGCAACAGCUGCAAGCCGUGACUAUCAAAGACUCGGAAGGGGAAGCUUCUCCGUUAACAGAAAACAGAGUUCUCAUGGUCCAUUGGUACUGGAAGAUCCAAGUGGUUGCCGGCGAGCAGGGACUGCUUCAUGAUAAACAGACCAAAGCUGCGGCUGUGGCCGGUCUGGCCCCUGUCCUGCGACAAGUCCUAUCAGAGGGUCGUUUUCGGGAAGCCAGGUUUCUCAUCUACUCCAAGGCACAUCUCCUGGAGGAUACCGACCAGGCGAUAGAGGAGCUGUGCGGCUUCCUCGAGUACUUGACAGAUCCAGCAUUCAUCAUCGAAAGGGCUUUCACCCUGGUAGACUUGGCCGGCUUGCAGUUGAAGUCAGACAGCGAAGCUGUGCUAGCGCAAGCGGCGGAAAACUUCAAGCUCGCCAAAGAUAUAUUCACACAACGUGGCCAUACAUUUGGUAAUAUCGACAUUGAUUUGCUUCAAAUCUCUGCCGACAAAACCAUCUCAGCGGGCGAAAGGUUUCUGGCCAAGACCAAGAUUGCCGAUCGUUACUUUGAAGUCCACCAGUAUCAAAACGGCAUCCGUUGCCUCGCGGUAGCCAUUUCACCGGACAUGAUCGUUGACACCUACUAUGAAGACGUCGUCAGGUCCCUUGAGCUGCUGGACCGGAUGAUCAACGAGUGUGGCAGCGAGAUAUUGAAGCAGUUAUCCCUACUCCAUUCCGUCUGUCAAGCAAGUCUCAAGGCGCCAGAAUACGGAUUUGCCUUGCAGUCUCUGGAGUCCUAUUUCUGCAACGUACCAGAGGAGAUCAGCCCCAAGUUUCAUUCGUACAUGGGUGUCAUUCUGGGCUCGGUGUAUUCCAAGUUUGGGGAAACCGAAAAGGCCGUCCGGGUUACAAGGCAGGCUUUGGAAAUUUCCAUGUCAUGUGCGUCCUACGUUGACCAAUCUGAUGCAGCAACUCAGGUUGGGCAUCACAUGUUGAACUUAGCUAGGGAACAUCCCGAAGGGUCGGAAGAAUUCAUGGAGAUGACCUCCUCUGCUGUGGACUUUCUGAAAGAAUGGGCAAACAAGGAUGCUGAGCACGGUCAUGCGGAUGGCGAGGCAUUGAAAUGUCUCUUCAUCGCCGAAUGGGACAGCGACGGCCAAAGGUGGAUGGAACGGGUCAAGAAACACAUCCCUGAUUCAGCUGAUGCUCUGGCAAGGAUUCCGGUUGUGGAUUUGGAGCUGCGUCUUCUCAUGCGUCAAGGAAGAUUCUCCGAUGGCCUAGCACUCUCUACUCAACUUGUGGAACAGCUACAGAGGCUUACAGAUGUGCCGCCAUUCAAGAAGGCGCAGACACUUUUGAACGCUUGUAUUCAAGCCUUCGUUUGUGUUCAGAGUACCUUUCGUCAAGACAAAGCGUUGGCCCCUGAGGAAUCCCAGUCGGCCGUGAAGCUUCUAUGGGCCGCAUUGCAGCACUCGUACGAUGCUCUACAGUUAUACCGGCAAGCGAACGGGGUUGAGCUGGUCGUUGACUGCACCCUCUUUGUAUGGGAGAUCAUAAACUUGGCUGUAUUGACAAUGUCGGAUGAUGGACGUCAUGGACUGCUUACCGCUUUCAUGGGGGAUAUGACACAAACCGAAAGGCUUUGUGAUAGCAUGAGGCAAAGCGUAUUGUCGGUUGCAGGACUCCAGAGUCUCAUGCAUAAGAGAUUUCUUGUGUCAAAGAAGGCCAGCCUCAAACUCUACAGUGUCGCAGUGGAGCUUGCUUUGAAAUUGCACGACCCAGCUGGCGCCUGGCUUUGGUUGCAGAAAGGAAAGGCUAGAGCAUUUGCCGAUGCCCUGGGUGCUGACUGCAUCCUCCCUCAGAGGCUCGUGGAUCAGAUCAGCAAAGAUCACACCGCUUAUGAACUCCUCAAGGCGGAGCAGAGCAUUCUCGAGCUUCUUCAGGAGUCCAACGUCAACCAUGUUGUUGCCUCACGCCGGUUGGCAGCGUUGAAAAAGAAGAUGGAAGAACAUCCGCUCUUGGUCGAGGCCGCUAAGCUCAGAGGCCAGCUGUUGGAUUUGGACCUUGGAACUGAUGAGUUGAAACAAGCUCUGCAAGCAACAGGUCUCGCGGCUGACAGAGUCAAGUUUGUCGAUUGGCAUGUCCCUACGUUGGCCAACACUUCAAAUCAAAACAUUCGCCUCUUUGUACGUCAGUUGGAUGGCACCACCUACACGCAGCAACUGCCGCUCAACAUUCAUCAAGUAAAAGAUUGGAUAGCCAAGACCCUUGCAUAUCCCGAGAUGGCUACGCCACCACUGGCAAGAAAGACGGGAAACCAACUGCUCAAGAAGAUGAACGGCUUGGUUGAAGGCUUGCUUGAGUUUACAUCGGAAGGCGACCUGUUGAUCCUAUCGCCGUCUGGUCCCUUGAACAGCAUACCAUUGCAUGCACUGGAAGUUGGCAAGCAGCCCUUGGUUGAGAGGAAUCUUGUCGUGAACGCCUCCAGUGUUGCUACGCUCGGUCAGUGUCUGCUUCGGAUAUCACCAGCACCACCGACAGACGGACAACCUCGACAAUCAUACGGCGCCAAGUAUUUUGCUGUGUACGAGGAACCUGACAGGUUACUGGAACGAGAACAAAUCUUUCACCAUAUCGAAUCACUCCCCGGAGCGUUUCCGGGUACUGUCGCCGUUGGGUCUCAGGUGACAAAGCCUCGCUUUCUCCAGGAGUGUGCAACCGCCAACUGGAUUCAUUAUCACGGCCAUGCUCGCUAUAGUAACCAGGACAUCCUAAAGUCAUCCCUGGUGCUCAGCGAUGGAACAGACAUCCUCAGCCACGAUAGCAAUACCGGAAAUGGGGAUGGAGAUCUGACAGUCGACGCCGAGGCAGACUUUCUCGAGACGGUUGAAGCGGAAUACAAUGAUGACAACAAUGAUGAGGACGCUGUUGACAAUAGCGAAGGAAUAGACGAGCUUCUCGUCUCGGAGUUGUUCGAAGCCACACUCCCCCGAGGUGGCGUCCACUUCACCAUCAUUGCCUGUGACUCUGGCACGCAGGACAUUGCACCCGGUGAUGAACCGCUGGGAAUUAUACCGGCGCUGCUCUAUGCGGGCGCCACGUCUGUGCUGGGUUGCCAGUGGCCUAUCGAUAGUCGGGCGGGGAGAGCUUUCAGUGAGGCGUUUUAUCAGGAGGUCGCGAGCAGACAGACUGGCGGAGCUGUCAACUUGGCCAGUGCUCUGAGGUCUACGGUGAUGAGAAUGAGAAGGGGGGAGUUGGGAGCAGAGUUUAAACAGGCGUAUUACUGGGCGCCCCUGGUGCUCAAUACGAGCCCCGCUUUUCAGAAUAUUCCUAGGAUGACCACGACAGAGGCUUGCAGGGGACUCCACCGGAUCGUCCCAGUCGACGACGCUCCCGACGACGCGACGAUCGAUAUUAUCGCAAUCCACGGGUUGGGCACCGAGUCGCCGCGGACAUGGGAGUUUAAGAAAAGAAAUGGGGAUGGGGUUGUGAACUUGCUGUCGGACGCCGACAUGCUGCCGGCAGCCCUACCAAAGGCCCGCAUAUAUACGUACGACUGGAAUGCAAACUACUUCGCAAAUGCACCCGUGCAGACGCUGCUCGGCCAUGCCGAUACGCUACUCGGUCUUAUCGCCGAAGGCCGUGGUUCGCAAACGCGACCGAUUAUCUUCGUCGCCUCUUGUUUUGGAGGGCUUAUUCUGGCCGAGGCUCAGUGGCAGGUGCUGGUUGCCGGCAUUAUGGGAAAGCAGGCCUCUGACCAACUCAUAAAAGACCUUGAGCAGAAACACGACUUCGUCCGCCAGCGCGUUCAGAAGUUCGCCGAGAUCGCUAAUGCUGAGGCAGUGCGACUACCCCUGAAUUGCUUUUUCGAGACCAGGAAGACGAAGAUACUAAAACGCAUUCUACCGUCGGAGUGGGCGAAUCGCCUAUCAAUAGGUAUUACCCGCAAAAUUCUUGUGACGGAGUCUUCGGCCUGCCUGCAUGGUUUCCCUCGCCGAGGCCUGGAUGCGACCCAUUCAGGGAUGAAUAAAUUUAAGGGUCCAGAAUGCCCCAACUUCAAACUAGUUAAAGAUGCGGUCCAGCAAUUCUCGGGAAACGCAUCGGAUGUUUUGAAACGGCGGGAGAACUCUACCGUGAAGGGACACUGGAUCGUCCGGUUCGGACGUAAUAAGGAAUUCGUCGGGCGUGAAUCAAUUCUCGAAGAACUUUUUAAGAGGGUUCUUCCUAGUGGAGACGAAGAUGACUGCCAACGGACCGCCAUCGAAGGUCUGGGGGGGGUUGGAAAGACGCAAAUAGCGCUGGAGACCGCUUAUCGCAUUCGCGACGUGCAGCCGGAAUGCUCGGUCUUUUGGGUUCCCGCUGUUGAUGCCACCGCUUUCGAGAAUGCAUACCGCGCUAUCGGCCAGCAGCUCAAGGUACCGGGAAUCGACGAAGAAAAAGCAGAUGUCAAGGCACUUAUUAAGUCCGCAUUGGGCCGCGAGAAUAUAGGUAACUGGCUUUUAAUUAUCGAUAACGCCGACGAUGAAAAGCUACUUUUUGGGGAUACCGCCCUUGCCGACUAUCUUCCAUUCAGCCGGAAAGGAUCUAUUCUUUUCACAACUCGAAACCACAAACUUGGAUUAAGGCUGGUCGAGUCUGAAAAUCAUAUUAUCGCAGUUGAAGAAAUGAGCAGAGACGAGGCCCUUAAGCUAUUAGGGAAAAACCUGAAAGGCUCUCAGAUGAGCGAUAUAAGAAGCAAUAAUGCGUUGCUAGAGUUUCUUACUAACCUCCCUCUGGCAAUACGGCAAGCGUCUGCUUAUAUAGCCAAGGAGCAGAUCUCGACUGCGCGGUACCUCAAGCUAUGCAACUCCAGUGAUGAGGAUAUGGUUAAGUUGUUGAGUAGUCACUUUGACGACCGACACCGAUAUAAGAACAUUCACAAUGCUGUCGCCACAACUUGGCUGAUUUCGUUCCAGCAAAUCUCAGAUCACGACGCGCUGGCGGCUGACUACCUCAGAUUUCUGUGCUUUCUAGCCGGGAAGGAUAUUCCGCACUCCCUGUUGCCGCCGGCGGGGACGCUAGAGACUGUUGAAGCAAUCGGGACCUUGAAGGCGUAUGCAUUUAUCUCCCAACAGAAUGAGUCGGAUAGCUACGAUAUCCAUCGGCUAGUUCAGAUAUCGAUGCUGAGCUGGUUAGAUGGAAAGGGAGAGCGACAGGAAUGGACGGCCAAAGUGUUAGAACGGCUUGACGAUAUAUUUCGUUGGCCUAAACACGAAAACCGAGAAGAGUGGAUAAGGUAUCUUCCUCAUACGCAACAUGCUCUUCAACUACGGAAGGGAACAGAUGACGAGGAAGCGACAACAGGUCCUCUUUCCAAAGUGGGUGAAAGCUUUCGCAAUUUAGGGAAGUAUAAGGAGGCCGAGCAGAUGCAUCGGCAGGCGCUGCAGCUAAGGGAGAAGGUGUUGGGCAAGGAGCAUCCCCACACGCUCACCAGCAUGAACCACCUUGCGGUUGUGCUUCAUAGCCAGGGGAAGUAUGAGGAGGCCGAGCAGAUACAUCGGCAGGUGCUGCAGCUACGGGAGAAGGUGUUGGGCAAGGAGCAUCCUGACACGCUUGGCAGCAUGAACAACCUUGCGAGUGUGCUUCAUAGCCAGGGGAAGUAUGAGGAGGCCGAGCAGAUACAUCGGCAGGCGCUGCAGCUACGGGAGAAGGUGUUGGGCAAGGAGUACCCUGACACGCUUGGUAGCAUGAACAACCUUGCGAUUGUGCUCGGUAGCCAGGGGAAGUAUGAAGAGGCCGAGCAGAUACAUCGGCAGGCGCUGCAGCUAAGCGAGAAGGUGUUGGGCAAGGAGCAUCCUGGCACGCUUGGUAGCAUGAACAACCUUGCGAGUGUGCUUAAUAGCCAGGGGAAGUAUGAAGAGGCCGGGCAGAUACAUCGGCAGGCGCUGCAGCUAUCUCAGAAGGUGUCGGAGAUCAGAUGA